UCUCCUAGAAAAACAAAUUUCAUUUCUUCAAAAGAAAAAGGUGACAGCCAAAAAAAUGGCAGAGAUGGAAAGGCUGAGCAGAAGCAAGUGGACAGCCACGGCGGCGAGCAUAUUGAUCCAGUGCACCGGCGGCUCUCCCUACGCCUUCAGCAUCUACUCCCCGGCGAUCAAGUCGAGCCAGGGCUACGACCAAUCAACGCUCGACACGGUGUCAGUCUUCAAAGACAUAGGCGGCAACGUCGGCGUCUUAUCGGGGAUUUUGUACUCCGCUGUGGCGCUUAACCGUCGCCGAAUUGGUGGGCCCUGGGUGGUGCUUCUGGUGGGGGCAAUUCAGUGCUUCGUGGGGUACUUCUUCCUGUGGGCUGCUGUCACCGGAUUGGUGGAGAGGCCGCCGGUCGCGGUGGUUUGCUUGUUCAUGCUCCUGGCGGCCCACGCUCAGACUUUCUUCAACACCGCCAACGUGGUGACUGGGGUCCACAACUUCUCUGAUUACGGUGGGACCAUCGUCGGCAUCAUGAAGGGAUUUCUUGGUCUAAGUUCAGCAAUUCUAGUCCAAGUCUAUGACACAUUCUGCAAUGGUAACCCCAGCACCUUCAUUCUCCUGCUGGCAUUGUUGCCCACAUCUGUCACCAUCUUGUUCAUGCCUCUGGUCAAAAUCCAUGAAGCCGGUAGAAGUGCUAUUGACAAAAAGUACUUAAACAUCUUCUCUGCUUAUGCUCUGCUCACAGCUGCUUAUCUCAUGGUCCUAAUCAUAUUCCGAACCAUCUUCACUUUCCCAUCAUGGGCAAGUGUUCUCACUGUUACACCACUUCUUCUGUGUUUACUUGUCUCGCCCCUCGGAAUAGCCAUCAAAGCACAGAACUUGCAACCCAAGAAACUCCCUGGGACACCCAACGAUCCUUUACUCGAAAACCCCGAGCCAGUUUUAGCAUCCUCCAAUUUAUCAGCAUCAGAAAACCCUACAGACCAUGAAGAUAUGAAUUUGUUGAAAGCUAUGAUUUGUGUUGAUUUCUGGUUGUUGUUUAUUGCUAUGAUUUGUGGGAUGGGGUCUGGAUUGGCCACCAUAAACAACAUGGGUCAAAUAGGGGAAUCUCUUGGCUACACAACAGUUGAGAUCAAUUCUUUUGUUUCCUUGUGGAGCAUAUGGAAUUUUCUAGGUCGGUUUGGAGCCGGGUAUGUCUCAGAUUACUUGCUACAUAAGAAAGGAUGGGCAAGGCCAUUGCUGAUGGCUGUCACACUAGCAACCAUGGCAGCCGGCCACAUUGUGAUUUCAUCUGGCUUUCCCGGGAAUUUGUAUGUGGGUUCGAUCCUAGUUGGGAUUUGCUACGGCUCACAGUGGUCACUUAUGCCCACAAUCACUUCUGAAAUCUUUGGGAUUAGACACAUGGGGACUAUUUUCAACACGAUCGCAAUAGCCAGUCCUGUUGGUUCUUAUAUCUUCUCCGUGAGAGUAAUCGGGUUCAUAUAUGAUAGAGAAGCUUCUGGAGAAGAUGAUGACUCCUGCAGCGGCACUCACUGCUUCAUGCUGUCGUUUUUUAUCAUGGCUUCUGUUGCUUUCUUUGGGUUUCUUGUAGCUCUUGCUUUGUUCUUUCGGACGAGGAGAUUCUAUCAUACAAUCGUGCUCAAUAGACUGCGGCAUUCUUCUCCGAAACAGUGAACGUGAGCAUUUUGUGUAGAUGGGCAAGAGGUAAUGUGGUUUGAGAUUGUGAUCUCUUGGCCUUUUUGUUGUGCAUCCGUGGCUUAUUGUUACAGAUGUUGUAGGUGUACAAUUGUUUUACAUAUGUAACAAAGUUGGGUUUCAAUUUUUGUAGAAGAGGCAGUUUUCUUUUGGCAUGUUGUUCAUAUAUCUGUGUAAAUUUUGAUCAACUCCAUUAAUUAGUUGGAAGAGUUCUAAAUUAAGAGGGGUAGCGAAAGCAAGUCGAUUCAGUUCUUAUUUA